UAAGGGGCCACCUUCCUGGUUCUUUCUCUAUAAAACCUCUGCACUCUCACUCUCUUAUACAUCAAAUUAACAACAACAAGAAGACUAGAAUUGAUCCAAUUCCUCAUGACCAUGAAGUUAUUCAAUUGGAUGCAUAGGAAGCUUCUUCACCCUAAUGUUGUUUACUCUAGAGUUCCUCAAAAGCAACAACCAGAUGUUCUGAAUGAUGUGAAAGAGAGUGAAGCUGAUGAAGCUGUGUUACUUAGCAAUGUUCUUGAUGGAAUCCUCGCUAUUGGCACACUGGGCAUUGAUAGUAACUAUAAUUCUUUCACUCAAUUUGAAUACAAUAAAAAAGAUAAACAAGAUCAAGAACAAGAACAAGAAGUUAAAGAGUUAGUGCUUCCAAUUGUUGCAACUAAACAUGCAACAAAAUUGAAGGAGAAUGAGAAGAAAAGGAAUGCUGAAAUGGUGGUGAUAUUUGAGUUGAAGAAUAAUAAUGACCAAAAUUCUCACAAAGAACACAUAACCGAGCCAUUGUUGAAAGAGGAUAAGGAGAAGAAGGAGAGUAAGAGAAUUACGCUUGCCGAUCUCUUUGCUGCAGCCGAUGAUCUUCGUGUAGAGAAAGGAUCACUUAAUUCGAAGGAAAAGUCGGCGAAAACUAAGUGCAUAGCAAGCAAAUGGAAGCAUAAUAAGAAGGUUGAACAUGAAAAGAGAAAAGAGAAACCAAUGCAGAAGAUCAAUACUACUACUAGCUCAACUAAACAAGUUCAAAAGCUUAUUACUAAGGUUUUGAAGAAGAAAGUGCACCCUGAGAUGGGGGUUGGUGGAGCAAUGAAAGAGAUGGAAAAGAUUAGUCUUGUUGAGGAAAGGUCAAUGAAUACUUUAGGAUAAGCAAGAGAGAUUGAACUAAUUAUUUAUGUGGAGAGGAAGGAACAAGUUUGGGAAAUAAAUAUCUCCCAUGAUGUAAUAUGUUGGAAUGGUUUCUCUUCAAUUUCAUGGUUUAGUCAAUGGUCAAAUUUUUAUGGUAUUUUUUAUUUAUUUAUUUUUAUUUUAUAUAUUUUGUGUUUGUGUAGUAGUUCUGGUUUGUUUUAUAUGGAUGUUAUUAUUCUGAAAUUUCAGUUAUUUAUUUGUAAAUUUCUGUGAAGGAUUCAACCAAAUUUGGUGCUUA